GGCGGCAGGGUUUAAACGCGGGGACGGUUGGAGCUGGCGGGCGGUGGCUCUGCAGGGUCCGCGGCUGUGGGAAGGGCUGGGCGGUGCGGGGGGCAGCCGGAGCGCUAACUGCCCUGGAGCGGUCCGCGGUGCCCCGAGCAGAAGUGCGGUUAUAGGCCGUGGGAUGCCUUUCUGGUAGAACUGCGGGGCAAAAGGAAACAAAGCGCACGUAUAGAGAAGGUGCUGAGGGAGCUGAGAGAAAGCUGUUGCUGUACUCCAGAGUGUGGUCACCGAGCUUUGCUGCACAGGAAAGUGACAAACAAACCUCUAGGGAAAUAGUGAUGAUGGUAACCUCGUAAGGAAGUGAGAGGUGGAGAGGGAGUAUGCAUUGAAAGUCAUUCUGUUUUAUGGUGUCAGGAAAGAUAGGUUCCAGCAAUCCAGGGACAGGGGUGCACACUCUACCAAGUUCAGGAAAUCGUAGCAAAAUUUUCUAUUUUGUGGGUAAAAGGUUGAUCUCUCCAGCAUAUUGAGGAGAAAAUGCCACUUUUUGUGGCUGUAUUUCACCCACAGCUGUGCAGUUUGGCACUGUUGGUAGCUCUUGUGCUGCACUUGGAAGUUUACCAAAAUUCUGAAUUUUUCCAAUCCAAGCUGGUUAGUAGGAAGGCUGCAGAAGAGUCUAAUUUUUGUGAAAUAGGAAGAAAAGUGUUAUGAUCCUCUAACAUAUGUACAUAACUGUGCAGAGAAUCAUGACUUGUUGACAGAUUGUAUUGGCAUGCCCAAUAGAAGUAAAGAAAAUAAUAAUGUACAAAAUUAACUUACAAGAAAACUUGGUUGUGUUAUGCUAACUUUUUGGUUAGGUUGAUUUUUUUAUCAAAAUGCUAUAUAAGAUUGUAUCAGGUAAUGUUUAACUUGAAAGGACCUUGUGUUCAUUUUUACUUGGGAUUUUUUUUUUCCUUUUUAAUCUAAGAUGAGAGUUUUGAUACACUGUUGUUUUUACCUCUUUGAGGAUCUUGUCUGAUCUUUUGGGGAGCAGUCAGCUCUAAGCAAUUUCUUCUGAAUUUGCUCUCAUGUUAUGCAGGAUGCCUCUAAAAUCGGCUUGUCGAGAAAAUAAAUGUUUGUUUUCCUUGCAGGGAACCAGCUCUCUGACAUUCCUCAGCUGAUCUCUUUUCUUACCUAAUGAAGGAUUGGCUCUCACAUGACAAAUAAGUAAAAUUCUCCAGUCUCAGCUGGGAGUCUGAAAAGAUGCAGCGAAGGCGGAGUUCCAGGACCCCAAAGCAGCCUCUGCAUGCUCACCAAAAAAGCCAAACUGAUCUCUCUGCCUGGCGAAAAGGAGGGAGAAUUGACUCUGAAAAAAGUCUGCAGAGUCACCAAUCUGCUAAUGAUCAGCAAUAUGAUAGCCAGGAAGAGUCUCUAGAGCAAGCUUUGAGCUACUUUGAGAAAGUUCAAGACUGUGUUGCACUGAAGAAGAAGAAGAGUGUUCUGCAGAAACACCUGGAUGCUGUGGAAAGCACUGCCCUGAAACAAGGGCUGCCCCCUGAAGGGUUUGAAAUACUGCUGAAUAUAGUGCUCAGUGGCAAAUUUGCUGAUACAGUGAAUACUUGUUUAUUGAAGAGCCUGAUUCCUGCCUCAGUGAUACCAGAAAAUUCUGUGGUUACAGCUGUGUCUUGGCUCUGUGUCAGCAAAUGCUCAGGCAACGUGCAGCUGCUUUUUUUAAAGUGGCUGAUCACAGUGUUUGACUUCAUUGAUCACAAGGAACAACUUCAUGCCCUCUAUGGUUUCUUCUUCUCCUUCCUGCAAGAUGAGAAGUUGUGCCCCUACGUCUGCCACCUGCUCUACCUGCUGACCAGGAAAGAACAUGUCAAGCCUUUUCGGAUUAGGAUACUGCUUGAUCUCCAAGCAAGAAUGGGAAUGCAGUCUCAUCUGCAAGCUCUGCUAUCACUUUACAAACUUUUCUGCCCAGAACAGGUGACCAUAACCCUCCCUGGGAAAAUGAAGACUUACUUCAAGAAUUCAGAGGGCCCAUGGAAAGCAGCAAUCACUGCAGUAAGGCAAAGAAACAAGGGAUCCUCUCCCCUGACCCAGGCAGUGUUUUUAGGCACAGCUCAGCCUCAGUCACGAAAAAGGAAAUGGAAUGCCCAGUUGGUUAUACCUGCAAGCAGUGCAAACACAAAUCAUUUAGAAGAGAACAGGGAAAAGUGUUUUUAUCCGUACAGUACAAACAAGUCUUUUCCAGUGGAGCAGCUGCACACCUUCCCUCAGCUCCUACAAAAUAUCCACCAUCUAGAGUUUCCUUCCCAGAUGGGUUCAGUACUAACAAACCCCUUAUUGCUUCACUACAUGAAUUGUGUGAAAGAUGAAACUAUUUACCUGAGGCUCUACUAUUGGAUGGGCCAGAUGCUCCAGGAAGAGUGCACCUGGUGUGUGGUUGAUAACCCAUGUGAAGAAGAAUUCAAGAGCUUCCUGGAAACUAUCUACAAGGCAGAAUGUUUCCUGCAGGAGGGAUUUUCUGCCUGUGAAGAGUUCCUGUACAAGACCCUUCCUCUCUGGGAUGGCUUCUGCUGCCGCUCAGAAGUCCUCAGGCUCGUUAGUUGGAUCCCCCUCAGCAGUUUCUCUGACAUUAAGUCACAUCUCUUUGAUCCCCUGGCACAGCUCUUUUUCACAUCAUCCCUUUACUUUAAGUGCAGUGUUCUUGAGAGCCUGAAAGAGCUGUUGCAGAACUGGUUAAAUGGCAAUGCGAUUCAAGUGGAUUCGGAGUCUUCUUCUUUGAACACCACCCUCUCUGGACUAGUGAACGUGGUGGCUGAACUGGUUCACUUUGUGGGAUGGAUCUCUACUGUUGCACUGCGUUUGGAAAACAAUUCCACACUCUUGCUCUACUUCAUUCUGGAUUUCUAUGGGACUGUGUGUGACAUAUACCUGAAGUACAAUGUGCCUUUGCUGAUAAUGCCUCCUGCUGGGAUUUUCUACCCAGCACUGCUCAGCAUGGAUUCUGUCAACUUGAAUCAGCUCUGCUACAUUAUGUACAGGUAUCGAACCAACUUAGUGGCUGCAAAAGAAAAUGAGCUGUGUAAAAAGAAAAUACUGCAGUUCAAGUUCAGCAACAAGACAUACCAAGAGUACAACCAGUACAUAAUAGCUAUGGUGGGCUGUCUGUGGACAUCCAGUGCAUUCCAGAAGGAUAUUCAUCCUCAAGGUCUUUGCAUGAAUGAUGAACUGUUGAGUAAAACUGCAGUGAAGGAAUUAAAAAACAGCUUUAACGUUGUCUAUCAUCCAGCCAUGAUGGGCUUCUCUGUUCAAUUCCUGCAGCAGAUUUGUCCUGAUGAUACCACCUUCAACUUCAAAGUAAUUAAGGGGAAGAAGUGGGACUGGUAUUUGGAAUAUCUCUAUGCCCAAGGUUUGAAGGGGCUGAAGGUCUUUAUUGAGAGCAGCAUCAGUCGGGUUUCCCGGGCCUUUCGCAGCAAAGCAGGGGAUGCGGAAGCGUGACCCUGGGGCCCACGGGAAUUCUUCUGUCAUCUGGAGCAGCCUUGCAGACUCUAAAGGACUGUGUCACUAAUUCUUCCCUUCUCAGAGGAGAGAAACAGCUUUUACUCUUA